AGUGUAGGCGUGAUCCUAAUUCUCUAGUCGACCCUGCAGCGACGGCUGGACCAGAUAAAACUGAAUUAAGUUUUUUAAUUCGACGACUUUUAUAAAACGAAAUGGCAGAUCAACUUUUGGAAAACCUUCGCCCUGAUCUGAUUAAAGGUUUAUCAGAGCGCGUCAUCAAUGGUUUGCUGGAUGAUCUUCAGCAAAAAAAGGUGUUUGGCGAAGAGGAGAUUGAAGACAUCCAGCAUAGGAUGAAAACACGGGCUGAUCAAGCUCGCCAUGUGAUUGACGAUGUGAAGCGAAAAGGAGUCAAAGCAAGUGAAAUUAUGCUAGCAAGCUUGAAGACCAGAGACCCUCAUCUCUACGACACCCUGGGCAUUGAAAGACUAUUAGUACCAGUUCCUGAGACAGAGCUGACCCCUAGUCAACUUUCUGAAACGACUGGCUGUUCUACGGAUAAGACCAACACCAUGAAUGAGUACGAGAUGAAGAGCAAUCCACGUGGACUUUGUCUAAUUUUUAAUAAUGAAAACUUUAAAGACCCCGACAUGAAACGACAUGGAUCCCAAAUGGAUACCGCUUCUCUGAAGGACUUGUUUGAAUGGCUGGGCUUUUCGGUUGAAAUCAAGCAAGACCAGACUGUAUCUGCCAUGAAGAGGACUUUAAAAGAAUACAGUGAGGAUCGCAAGCAUGGAGACUGCUUCGUCUGUUGUGUUCUGAGUCAUGGAAAUGAGUCUGGUGUUCUCGGAUCUGAUGAAAAGAUAUGUCCUGUGGAUGACAUCACAUCCCCAUUUAAUGGAGCCAACUGCUCCUCUCUUGCCGGCAAACCCAAAGUGUUCUUCAUCCAGGCAUGUAGAGGGCAUGAAAUUCAGAGCAAAGUGAUGGUUGCAGAUGGUUCUGGUGGUAGUCGUACGCAAAAACCUGGCAGAGUAUCUGUCAGCAUUCCCAAAGAUUCAGAUUUUCUGAUUGCCAGGUCCACUGUAGAGGGGUAUGUGUCGAUCCGUGAUAGAACUAGUGGAACCUGGUUUAUACAAUCCCUUUGUGAGAAUUUAAAAGAAGGAAGUAAACGAGGCCACGACAUCUUGAUGAUUCUCACAAAGGUCAAUAAUGACGUAAGCCGUAAAGAAGGCUCUUUAAAAGUUAAAAAUGAAAUAGUAGAUGCAAAAGUGACCCCUCAGCCUAUUUUCACUUUGAGGAAGCUUCUCAUUUUCAGACCUCUGAAGAAAACAGGCCGGUUCUCUUAAACAGAUGAAAACAGGCUAAAUGUUCAUCCCCAGAACAAAUAGAAAGAAAGGUCUCCCAAUCAGACAAAAUGUCUACAACAUUCACCUUUGCUUUUGUUAUAUUUGCUAUUUUCUUAAAUAUGUGUUUUACUUUUAACCAUGGAGAGUAAUUUGAACCUAACCUAACGUUUUGUAUUUUUAAACUUUCUCACUUGACUAAAUGCUAAUAUAUGCAUGUUGUAAGAGUAUGGAAAAUAAUAAUAUAACCAAACUGUUGAUAUCAUAUUGUUUUGCUUAAUAGGACAAUUGGGACCAUUUAAGAAAAAAGGAUGUUAGAUAAUCUGACAUUUAAUUGUGUCGAUACAUUUAUAAACAUGAAUGCUUUUUAAAUGUCAAUAGUAAGUAUCUGCUUUUUACCCACAUGACUUUUUUCUUUAAUAAUAAAUGACUUUAAAGUCUC